AUGGCCAACGACGAAUAUGAUGUGAGACCCCACUUGGUGUUGAUCGGAGACUCUGGUGUCGGAAAGUCUAACCUGUUGAGUCGAUUCACCCGUAACGAGUUCAACCUCGACUCCAAGUCUACCAUCGGCGUCGAGUUUGCCACGCGAUCCAUCCAGGUCGACGCAAAGACCAUCAAGGCCCAAAUUUGGGAUACCGCCGGCCAAGAGCGAUACAGGGCCAUCACCUCGGCCUACUACCGUGGUGCCGUGGGCGCGCUGCUCGUUUACGAUAUCAGCAAGCACCAAACAUACGAGAAUGUUACUAGAUGGUUGAAGGAGCUCAGGGAUCACGCCGACGCCAACAUCGUCAUCAUGUUGGUCGGAAACAAGAGCGAUUUGAGGCAUCUACGAGCCGUACCCACGGACGAGGCCAAGGCCUUUGCCAGCGAAAACCACCUCUCCUUCAUUGAGACUUCGGCCCUCGAUGCUAGCAAUGUCGAGCUUGCAUUCCAAAACAUUCUCACCGAAAUCUACAGGAUUGUGUCAAGCAAGGCCCUCGACAGCGGCGACGGCGCUCAGGCGACCAUCGGAGCGGGCACCAACAUCUCUCUCAGCAAGCCGGCCGAGGACGGUGCCUCCAAGGGAGGAAAGUGCUGUUAA